AUGUUACGACACAGACUAGUACGAAGUAAUAGCGAUUUCAUAACCCUCAGAGAAGAAUCUACUCAGCUAAAUGUUCAUGUGAAAGAAUCUUCUACACAGGCUUUGGAAACAGAUAUUGUUCCUGAAAUCGCUUUUAAACUUGAGAAUUAUGAAAUAUUUUUGCAUUAUACUUUAUCUUUCUUUAUUGGAUUCAUCAUCACUUACUUCUGCUUAUGA